CUCCAAUCUCACUUAUCCUCUCUCACAACGAACUUCCAAUCCAGCCACCUCAACCCAUCUCUUGUCAUAAUUCUGUCUCCAUCAGCCCGGCGCUGUUCUUCUUCCCCGGCGGAAUUUUCAAAAUUAGCGCAGUCGUCAAACAGCCUGACACGAAAUCCGUACAAUCCCACCCGACCGUUCCGCUGUCUACUCCGCAGUCAUCAUCGCAUCUCACCCACCUGGAACGCCUCUCAACACACCCAAACCCUCUCAUCCACGAGCCCAUCAACCUCCUACUUCCUGCCUCUCACAACAAAUCGCCACCAUGCCAAACCCCAGCCAACUCCUCCUCCUCGCCGACCACAUCAAGCUCUCGCUCCUCGAGCGUCAACGCGCCAUCUCCCUCAGCCUGGAGCCCAACAGCCAAGACGGCGAGAUCUCGCGGUCCCUGGACUCCUUCAAAGAAGGCAUCGACGCCAUCGAAGCCGAGUGCGCGCAGCUCGAAGCCCAGAAGGGCCGGCACGAUGACGACGUCACCGACCUCCGCGACCAGCUCAGCCACCUCCACUCCCAGCACGACGAGCUAUCCGCUCAGUUCCACGAGAUCACGACCGCCAUCGCCGAGGCAGCCUCUGCUUCGUCGUCCGCAUCGUCCGGCUUCGCCAACCACGUGAAGAACUCCUCCCCGGACCUCAAGCAGCCCGUCCCGCAGCACCCGUCCUCGAAAUCCGUGCGCUUCAUGGACGCCGCGGCGGCGGCCGAGGCGGCCGAGGCCGACGACGAGGAGCACCGGCGCAACCUCUUCCGGCCGUACCGCGACUCGCCGUCCCCGCCGCCCGGGGCCAGCGCCGCCAGCAUGGACGGGCUGUCGAACGAGCAGAUCUACGAUCACCACGCGCAGGCGCUCCGGGACCAGGACGAGCAUCUGGACCGGCUGGGCGAGUCGAUCAGCCGGCAGCACCAGCUGAGCAUCCAGAUCGGGGACGAGCUGGAGGGCCAUGUGGCGUUGCUGGAUGAUCUGGACGGGCAUGUGGAUCGGCAUCAGGGGCGGUUGGAUAAGGCGAGGAAGCGCCUGGAUCGGUUCCGGCGCAGUGCCGGGGAGAAUUGGAGUAUGAUGACCAUCGUCGGGUUGAUUAUCACGCUGGUGAUCUUGAUCGUGCUUUUGAAGUGACAUUUCUAUAAUCUCGCGGGUUCGGAGAGUUUACAUAUAUGGUUUGUUUUGGGUUGGGUUUGGGGGGUCGUUUGUGAUUCCCCGGAAGGCGAGUCCGGCGUUUGUACUGUGUUUGAGUCGUGUUUUGUGUCUUUCUUCUCUCCCUCCCCUCCUUUUUCCAACUACCCACUCCCUCGUCUGUUCCCUUCAGUUAAUAUAUACCGACAGCAGCUAUCAUGUUUUCUUCUUCACUCCCCCAUUGACGGGACUGCGGCGUUGCGGGGGUACCUUAUCAUCAUACAUCUACACCCCGGUUUUGGUCCAUAGCUACUACACACAAGAUGGAGUCCAUCACACACUACCUAGUACUCUUUAGAUAAGGAGACACACAACCC